AUGACUAAUGCGCAGAUCAGAAAUAGACGACGUGAAAGAAAUACAAUCUCGCGAGCAAAUCAUUUGGAACAAUUAAUACUUGAAGAACAAAACUUUCAAUCGUUAAGUUUUGAACGUCGAGAUUUGUAUGAACUUGUAUUCGCUCAAGAACGACCUGCCUCGCCAAAAUUCAUCGCCAUAUUUAGAAACGAACAAGAAAAUGCAAACAAACGUGUGACCGUCGUUAUGGAUGCGCAACAAAUCAACUGUGUUGUUUGUUUAAAAUAUUUAAGAACUGGUGAAGAUUAUGCACAAUGGCCAUGUUCUAAUAAUCAACCACAUCUGUUUCAUUACGAACGUAUGUUGAGCUCAUUGCGUAUACGAAAUACAUGCCCAUUAUGUCGACACGAAGUCGAACCGAUUCAAGAUAUGCCGCAACAAAACUUCGUACAAAUAUUCGAAAGAAUUUUUUUCUGA